GUCUUAUUAUUAUCAACAAGUCCAGUGUGGCAGCAAAUGACUUCCUACUUCAUAUUAUGUGAAUUGUUUCACACUGUAAUCAGCAGUGUAAUCUAAAAAAAAUAUUCUAGAUUAAACCUUGGAUGGACCAUAUUUAUGUAAUGAGCAGAAUUGGGAUUUUAUGUACAUUCUUGACUUUCAUUUGCUGUCAAAUACAGCCUCAGAUUUAUUCUGAAAACAAGGGACAUGUAAUUUCCCUUUUCAUCCUACUAGAUUGUAGAUGACUUGGCAAGAUGUUCAAAUUCCACUCCACAGAUAAUACACCAGUUCAAUUACUGUUUAAUUCAAGAUUGAUGCAGCUGCAGCAGUAGCCACCAUUAUUAAAUAUUUUUUAUUAAGAAACUCUGGUCCAUAGAGGAACAUGAUUUCCUGCAGUAUUCCCUCCGUAAAUGUAACUGACUUGACCUAUAAGUGAGUCGACUACUAUUCUUUGGUCACUGUUGAACCCUGCAGGAUUUACUGUGAUACUGCAGUGAGAGCAAACCUUUUGUUAAUAGUGUACAAUCUCUGAACUGACUCAAUGCUAAUUGGGUUAUUUGCUAUUUAAUUAUAAACAAGGCAAUUUUUUGUAUUAAUAUCGUUUCAUACAUGAAGGUAUAUUUAAUAAAUAAAUAAAAACACAAACAAAUUUGAAAGAAAUCAAUAUAGACUCAAAAAUACAACACAUCACACUUUCUUUAAAAACAAUUAAAGAGAAGAAUAAAAGAGUCAGAAAAGCUAAUAACGUGGGUAAGAUAAUUAUACAUUGCACAUGUACUGUAAUUUCUAUAUAUGUCUUUUUAGAUACGUUACAUGACAAAAUGCUUAAAUAUUAGAAAAGAAAAACUUUUAUUGGUUAAAGAUAUCAGUGUGAAGGAAAGGAGGAUAAAAAAAAAACUGCAAUUUGUAUACAUUUCAAAUACUUUAAUGUUUGGUGAGCAUGCCGUUUGAAUCCAGCAGAGGGCAGCAAAGUUCCAGACUGAUGUUUGCAGACAAGUGCAGUCAAACACGAGCAUCAACUCUGAACUAGUUACAAGUCAAUUGUCGACCAAUCGAUUUCCUCAUCGCAGCAUCGCAAGGAUGUCAGACGCCAGCAAGCAAAUAAUGGCACAGAAAAGCAUUAAAAUUGCAGCUGGGGCCGUUGUGUGUGUUGAAAGCGAAAUAAGAGGAGAUGUGACCAUAGGUGCAAGAACAGUUGUCCACCCGAAAGCAAGGAUCAUAGCAGAGGCUGGGCCUAUUGUCAUUGGAGAGGGGAAUCUAAUAGAGGAGCAGGCUCUUAUUAUUAACAGUUAUCCAGAGAACAUAAUGCCCGACACAGAGGGAGUUGAGCCAAAGGCCAUGGUGAUCGGGACCAACAAUGUGUUUGAAGUUGGAUGUGUUUCACAAGCUUUGAAAAUUGGAGACAACAAUGUGAUUGAGUCCAAGGCUGAUCUCGGGAGAAAUGUGAUUCUGACCAGUGGCUGCAUAAUUGGCGCGUGUUGCCAGGUCAACACGUGCGAGGCGGUGCCAGAGAACACGGUGGUGUAUGGUUCAAACUGCAUCAGGCGUGUGCAGAGUGAGAAGCCGCAGCCUCAGACUCUGCAGCUCGACUUCCUCAUGAAGAUUCUGCCCAACUACCACCACCUGAAGAAGACGGCGAAGGGAAGCGGCACACCGAUCAGAAGCUAAUACCGAGGGAUGAAACACAUCCUUAACACAAGCCCACACACAACAAAUUAUAGGUAACUUGCAUUAUCGAACAUUAACAUCACACACUGCAUUUCUUCUUGUACACGAGAAACACCAUUUUUCUGUACAGUCGCUCACUACUUUUUUGCACUUUUACUGUCAGACAUAAUGAAUAAUGUGACUAUUUGUUAUCCAAAUACGAUCUAGAUGAACAAUUAUGUUAAAUAAUUAUAUUCAUUUAUAAUUGUUUCAUUUAUAAUAUUGCAAUAAAAUGUUCUAAUAAAGACUGCAUUCCA